UUGAAAGUACAGUCUGACGUCUGGGCUGUUCAGCCUGAGCAGCUGCUAGAGCUACAAAGCCUUUUUCAUCCUCUGCCAGGAUGGGAGUGAUACAGCUUCCCAACCCAUUUAGGAUCCUGUGUUUUUCUUUUCAUGCUAUCCUCGUUCUGCUUCAACAGAGUACUGCAGAAAGAGAACUGAAGUUUGUGGUUGUAGUUUUCCGACAUGGUGACCGAACACCAGUUGUAAACUUUCCAACUGAUCUACACAAAGAAAGUGAAUGGCCCCAGGGAUUUGGACAACUUACCAAGACUGGAAUGCUGCAGCUAUUUGAACUUGGACAGUACACGAGGGAAAGAUACUCCAACUUUCUGAACAGCACAUACAACCGGCAAGAGUUUUACAUCCAAAGUACAGAUUAUGAUCGCACCAUUAUGAGUGCCCAGUCAUACCUUUCUGGCCUCUUUCCACCAACUAGCAGCCAAAUUUGGAACCCUGAGCUUCUCUGGCAACCCAUUCCAGUUCAUAUUUUGCAAAAAUCAACAGACCGGAGGCUGCAUUUUCCUCUGCCUGACUGUCCCCUUUUUGAUGAACUUCAGAAUGAAACACAAACAUCUAGUGAAUUUCAAAAUAGAAUACAACCAUACAUGGAUUUUUUACAAACAGUGGCAGUUAACACAGGACUUGAACUAAAUCAUCUUAAAAUACUGGACAAUUUCCAGCUCUGGAAUACAUAUGAUACUCUACACUGUGAGGCUAUUCACAAUUAUACUCUCCCUGUAUGGGCCACCAAAGAUGCAAUCGACAAGCUGGAAAAACUGGCAGAAUUGUCCUUACUGUCACUAUUUGGGCUUUAUAAAACAGAAGAGAAAUCACGACUACAAGGAGGUGUCCUUGUAAAUAUUAUUUUAAAUAGUAUUAAACAAGCUGCCAAUUCUUCAAAACAAAGAAAAAUGGAGGUCUACUCUGCACAUGACACCACAGUUGGGGCCCUCCAGAUUGCUCUCAAUAUUUUCAAUGGAAAACUGCCACCAUACGCUGCUUGCCAGUUUUUUGAACUCUACCAAGAAAGCAGUGGGCGAUAUAGCAUUGAAAUGCAUUAUCGGAAUGACUCUUCAAAGGAUCCUUACCUACUCACCCUGCCAGGAUGCACCUCUUCUUGUCCACUUGAGAAGUUUGCUGAACUAGUUUCUCCUGUGAUUACAGAAAAUUGGUCAAAAGAAUGUGGGAAGAAAGACAAAAUGAAAGAUAUUUUUAUCGGAUUUGACAUUGCUGUUGGCUUGUUGUUCAUUUUUGACCUUGUACUGCUUUACCUCCUUUAUCAUUAUGGACGCUGCAGGCGCAGAAACAAUUACCAAGACAUUUAACGGGGAGUCCUGCAGAGGAUACUGUGAAUUACAUUACCACGGAGAAGCCUUUUUAAAAAUCAAGACAACUAUACAGAUAGGUGCCAACAGCAGGUUCAGCCCAGCAGAUAUAAUGAGCAAUCAUGUGCUCAAGCUAAUGGGUCCUGUUGAGGUGCAGAAGUCUAGAGAAGGCUGAGAGAUGGAGCUGCUUAGCUCAGGCACAGCAUCACAUCAAUGUGAAUACACUGCUUCUGGACUGACUUUGACUCACAUCUGUGGGUUGCAACUUGGAGCCCAGGAGCUUGGGUCAGCUACCAUUGAUCUAGAGUUCAGCCCUUAAUAUUACACAUUUAAAAUGUGAUUUAGGUAGAUGUAUUGAUAUUAAAUAGCAUAAAUCAAACAGAAUAGCAAAAGUUUGUGGGAAUAUAGCACUUUCCAAACAUCACUGCAUUUUCUGGUAGUAACUUCAACUACUGAGGUGUCCACUUUUUGAAGCAGUAUUUCCCACUCAGUAAAAAGCUUUUACUAGUAUCCCUGACAUUUCCAUGUUAUCUAUUUUAGGAAAUAUCAUAAUCAAGUGAUGGAUUUGAUUCUUACAUGGUAAGGAUCUUUUAUUGUAUAACAAUUCGGGGCAAAGCUGUCAAAAAGAUGAAAGGCUAUCCUUAAAUCACGUGUUUUGGAUGUACAAGCUUCAGAUUGUAACUAGUAGUUCUAUCCUCAGUGCAAAAACUUAAAGGAAUGUCUAUAUUGCUGUCAAAAGCAUUACAGCAGUUCUAGGAAACAAGCCUCAGCUGUCUUGGUUACUACUAGCAGUGUACUGACAGUGGGCAAAAGCUCAGGACAAACUGUAAAACUGAUCCUGGCUCCUGAAUAUACAUAUAUAUAUAUAUAUACUCAGUGAUUACCUGAUACUGAGCUCUGUAUUACCAUGGCCACAGCGCUGCUGGUACUCACUUAAGGAUAGACUGAGUAUGUCUUUUAUUAGAGGCAGUCAGAUGCUUAACAAGUGAAGAUGUAUCGUUGACUGAUAAUGUGCAGUAAGAACUGUUUUUGAUAUAUUAGGAAGGCAGUAGGUUGCACUCCACAAGAAGUAGAAUGGGGCAUGUUUUCUCCAAGAUUGCUUCUUACAAAAAAGAAGUACAUCCAGACAGAAAGUAAAAUGUGAAGUGUCUGAGGCAUCUUUUGUGGUUUAUGCUACUCCAAGCCUAAGCCGUUACAGAGAAUUUCAGGAGGUGAGGCAACUCUAGCUGCGGCAGGAGCCGUCAUGAAGUAAUUUUAUUGUAGGGACACCUUUUUGUUAACAGAUAGUCAUACCUGAAAAUGUCCAUGCACUUCCAGAAAGGAUCCAUUGAACACAAGUUACACAGAAUGUAAUGGAUAGGUUCAGAUGACGUAACCUAAGAAUUAAUGAAGGUACAAUAAAGAUGUAAUACAUUAGUUAUGUAGGCCCUGAAUCUCAUUUACAGUAAAGGUGCUUUGUCUUGCUGUGAUUAAAUCAAGUAUAAUUUCUCCAGUGGAGUAAAAGGUUGUAAGUUUCAGACAAGCUUAUGGCUUUUUUAAUUUUUCAGCCAUAUUUUCAAUUUGCUUAGUAUAAUCUGCAGACUGUUUGUGAUUAGAAAGUAUCUUGUCUCCAAGCAACUUGUAGCACUGCAAUAAAGUACAUUAAAGAAACAA